CUUGACGUGGAAGCUAAAACCAGGAGCCCCUGUGGAGUGACCCGCACAGUGAAGGACUGCUCUGCUUCAGGUCACAACUUUAGCGCUGAUUGAUGUGCGCAGACAGCAAACUGUGAUCCGGGUUCAGAGCAAAAAGGGCCCGAAAAACUUCCUUAAGAGGGAACCAAAAGUGCAGAACAUCAUGAUGAUUAAACCAUAUGUGAGACUAGCAGAGGGAGAGGAGGUCAUCAGCCCCCUGCAGUGGAUGGAUGGAGAUGUGAGCUCACCGGAUGGGAGCGCCUCCGUCCCAGCACACCACUAUGGUGCCAGUGGAGCGUCCCAGCAGAACAGAGAGAUGGGAAGUGAAGAUGCAGAGGAGGAUGAGGAGGAUGCAGAUGAAGGACUGGAGGAUGAAAAUGAAUCCAGGAGACGUGGGCCCAAGAAAAAGCGAAUGACCAAAGCCCGGCAGGAGCGCUUCCGUGCCAGACGUAUAAAAGCAAACGCCCGGGAACGCUCGCGCAUGCACGGCCUAAAUGAUGCUUUGGAGAACCUGCGCAGCAUCAUGCCCUGUCACUCCAAAACGCAGAAACUGUCCAAGAUUGAGACGCUGCGACUGGCCCGCAACUACAUCUGUGCUCUGUCCGAGGCCCUGGAGGCAGGGCUUUCCACCGAGAGCAGGGCUUUCAUGGAGACACUCUGCAAGGGGCUUUCUCAGCCCACAACCAACCUGGUUGCCGGAUGUUUACAGAUUGGAUCAGGUCCCGGUGCUGGGAUGAGACCUGAGGACAGACUUGGAGUUUGUCCACCACCUAAUCCUCUGGGAGGCAUGGUGGGAUAUACCUCUCCAGGCCUGCCGAGCCCCCCGUACGGCACCUACGACACGGCUCACAUGCUUCACCUGAGAGCCAUGAAAGGAAGGCAGAGCGAGAACCAUUCUCCGCCGGAGUAUAAUGCUGGAAGUGUGGGAACCCCUCCAUAUGACGGCCCCCCCACACCGCCUCUGAGCAUCAGCAGCAACAUGGUGCCCAAACAGGAGCCUUCCCCCCACUACCCACCGCCUCCACACCAGUACUCCCCCUCCAACGUGGACCAGGUUCUCUAUCAGACUCAGACCAGCUAUGAUGUUCACUUGGAGGGUCCAUAUGACUCCUACCAUCCACCGCGCAUGGUCCCAAGACAAAUAACCUCAGUCUACAGAGACUGAGACGAAUCCAAUACACCAUUUCAUGAAUCACUCCAACCUGACUGAUUCCAAGCAAUGAACCCUUCAUGACCUCUUAAAAAGGGAUCUGUUAUGCAAAAUUCACUUUUUGAAUAUUUUUAUACUUUCGU